AUGACUGACAGAGUCUACCUACCAAAGCCAUCUGGGCGGUACCACAACAGCAAGACCCAACACGUCUUCAACCACACUACAGUCAACGACCCACUAUCUCCCACCAACAUCAGCAGUUACUUUGUUCUCACGACCCUCUCCCCUACUGAGCAAGCGCCAAACGCAAAUGCUACACUCCGAUACACGAGUCCCGAGAUCGCCGUCGCGCUCGACAACUCGAAAAAGUACAAGCUCCCAGCAACCGCCCUGGAGCGACCAUGGAUACACACGCAAUGA